GUUUGACAUUCGAUUUCCUUUCGAAUUCGCCAACAAUAAAUAGCUCUUCCAAACGAAUUGUACACAAAACAUUUUGAACUUGAUUCAGAGUCAUAAUCAAAAUUUCAACGUUAAAUUCUCACAGCAAUUGGCACGGUGCCAAUUUGAAAUGCGGCUUCGAUUCAGAAUCAUGAGUUCAAAACAUGCUCACAACGAUUCGGUUUGGUGUUUUUUUUUUCUUUCGUCAUUUGGCAAAAUUGUGAAACGGAAUUUUAGGACAUUAAUUUGCUAAUUUAUUCUUUGUUUGUGUUGACUUUCCGUCAGACACGUUGAAUAUUUUUAGACGCAUCUCAUGUGAUAAACAAGUUUUUGAGGUAAAAUCUCAAUGUUUGCCCAAAUAUCGCUAUAACGAGUCCAACAUGUGUUUAAUCUAACUCAUUUCCAAUUCACUUGCCGCUUUCAGUUUGAUGUUUUUGCACAUAUUUUCACGUUACACAUCCGAACCGUAUUGCAAAUUCAUACGAGAUUUCGUGUAGAAUUUAAUGGCAAAAAUAUCUGAAUCAUUUCGCUUGAAUUUGCUGCAUAGAAUAUUUGCCUCGUGCAAUUUGUACGUCAAAAUGCAAAAGAUUUCGUUGGAAGCCGAGAGAGAAACGAGCAAAUAAUAGGAAUUAGUGUGGCAGACACGGUGAAAAGGAGAAUGAACUAGUCAACACAUAGAAUAGAUUUGUUUUGGCUCUGAAUAGAGUCGCGUGUGCAAUCAGUCAUUGAUUGUGUAUGAUUCGUGCGGCGGUAUUGCCUUCAUUGUAAUAUUACACGUGCCUGAGUUUGGUGCCAAGCUAAGCAAAAUCGAAACCAACGCGCAGGAAAGAGAGGAAGAAAACUUUGGCAACGUCUAAUUUUGUUCUGCUUUUUUUCCUUCGUUGGCUGCGUCGGAAAUUGCGACGCAUUUUACGUUCAAAUGUUUGGAAAAAAAAAUACUAUAAUCUAUGAUGGUUCUACGUCGUUUUCGUUUAAAGACCAAAAAAAACAGCAAUCGAUUUGAAGCAAAAUGGAAAACGUAAAACUUUUUGACUGUACGCCAAUUGUGUGUGUGGUGUUUGUUUUCCGUGCGCUCGCUGACUACUUUUUAUGCAUCGCAAUAAUUAAUCAAUUGGAAAUGUUGCGUUGUUUUUGCAAAGGAAGUCUUUGCAAUAAUUCAAAGUAUCGAUACAAAACAUGCAAUCAACUGAAAUGCCGGCUAACCUUCGAUGUUGGCGAGGAUUGGGCAUUUGCGACGAAAUUAACUGAUUUAUGCGAGAAUUUCGAGGACGAGAAUGAAAAUGGAUUUCCAGAGUUGGAGAUAUUUCAAGUCAAAUUCUUGGGUUGUUCAACCAUUCACGCGGCUAAAUCGGAAGCAGUAACAGCCAAUACAAUCAAAAGCAUAAUCACAGCAGCAAAAGUGUCCAACAAAAAAUUGCAACGUCUGAAAUUAUCGAUCUGUCCGAAAGGCAUUGAAACAUUCGAUGCGGUGACAGGCGAAACAUUGCACAAAGUAUCAAUCUACCAAAUAAGUUAUUGCUCGGCCGACGCCGCACACAGCAAUGUGUUUGCCUUUAUCGCAGGAACAGGACGUGCAAACGACAGCGAUGACGAAAUGUGUAACAACGACUCCGAUGAACUCACUUGCUACGCUUUUCUCUGUGCCAAACGCAAAAUAGCCUACAAUCUAACGAUAACAACAGCGAAAAAUUUCGAACGUGCCUAUGAUAUGUGGAAGAAAUCAAAACAACGCAAAGUCGAACAAUGCGAAUCGGAGCGGCUGAAUGGCAACCCACUACCAACUACUAAAUCAAAUCAUUCAAAUGUACAAAAUAGCACUGACAAUCACAUUCAGAGUGAUGCUCCCAAAAAUCUCCUAAUCGAUUUCAAUUCCGAUAUAAUUGCGCCGGUUGAACGACAACGUCUAUUGCAAACCGCUUGGGUUUCAUUCGAUGACGAACCACUUUUGAACAACGACAGCAACAAUGACGAUCCACAACCGAUGCACGGCAAAAUAUUUAAAAACAAUUUGUGGGACAUGAAUAUCAUGUGCUUGUAAGCCAUUAAAGCCAUUUACUUGAUUCAAUUUUAGGAUUUUUGAAACUAAUUUUAAGUGACAUACAAUUUGCCAAAGUGCCUUUUCUACGUACGAUUACCGCUUAUAUAUAUUUGAUAACAUGAAUUGCAAUAAAAAAAAAUUGACAGUUUAAGAAUAAA